AUGGCCAAAAGUGGCUUUGUGCCAGCAUGGAUGAAAAUUCAGAAUUCAGACAAAACAAAUGGUAAUCAAAAAUUAAAUAUUGAUAGAACAAAUAGCAAUAAUCGUCAAUCACAAAUAUCAAAUAGAAGUGAAACAAGUUCAACAUCAUCAUCCCCACCUAUAAUAACAGGACAAAGUCGAAAUAAAUCUAAUGAACAACAAUCAUCAAAUGAUUUUGAUGGACAAACAGAAAGUUUCUUUUCAUUUUCUUCAUCUCAUACACAACCUCGAAGAUCAUAUAGUCGAGAACGUUUAUCAAAUACAUUAGCUAAAAAUUCUGAAUUCAAUGAUCAUGAAUCCUAUAAUGGAUAUCGUCCAAUAAAUAAUUCUCAACGUCGUUUACAUUCCAUUUCAUCCUAUUCAAACGAUCGUCAACAAUCAAAUACUCAUCAUAAUUCAAUAAAUGGAAAUGUUUCAGAACGUUCAUCAAAUUAUAUAAAUGAUGAUCGUGAAAGAUCCUAUGGAAAUAAUGAUCAAAAUUUAGAUACGACAAUAAAAACAAAUGACAACGAACAAAUUAAUCAUUCAAGUGGUUUUGAUCGUCUUGAACAAGAUUUUCCAUCAUUAAAUGGUUAUGAAAAAAAUAAAUCAUUAUUUAAUGAACAAUCUUCAUCGAUAUGGAAAAAUGCUGCUACAAAAUUUCGUACAUCUCAUAAUGAAUCAUUUAAAUUAUUAGAUCGUUCAUUAUCAAAUAAUUCAAAUCAUUCACGUUUAUUUGGAUCAAAUCGUAUAUUAUCACGUAAAGAUCGUUUAUUAAGUACACCAAAUGGUUUAAAUGGUACAUCAAUAUCAUCAUCAUCAUCAUCAAUAUCAACAACAACAUCAACAACAACAAAUCGUUCAAUUACACUUGAACUUCAAACAAAUUGUAUUACACAAACAAAAAAUUUAGAUAAACGUAGUGAUUUUUUUAAUUCAUUAAAAAAUGAUUCAACAAAUGAACGUAAUAAAAAUUUAAAUAAACGUCAAUAUAAUGAAUCAACUAAAACCAUAAUAAAUGCUGAUAAAAAUUCUAAAACAUCAAAAAGAACUCUACUUUUAUUAUCUGUACCAGAAACACCAGAAGAAAAAGAAUUAUUAAUACGUAUGGGUUGGAAAGAAUGUGAUGAAAUAACAUAUGAAAUUACCGAUCAAGAUAAAGAAGAAUAUGAAAAACGAAUUCAACUUUUACCAAAAACGGAUCAUACAUCAGCAGCAUUAAUGUCAGCAUUAAAUCGUCGUGCAUUACCAUGUAUAGAUAUUCGAGAUUUUCUUCGAUUUGAAAUGAUUAGUUCACCAACAUCAGAUGAUGAUAGUUCAGACGAAUAA